AUGGAGUCAGGUGACGAAAAUGCGAUUGAUUCUUCGAACAACUGCGAAAAUACAAGGAAAAUCGAGCACAUGCAAAGCGAGGAAGCUGAACACGCAAUCGAAUCUAGUGUCAAUGCUCCUUCAACAGAAGAAAAAGCUACAAAUACCAAGGAGGAUGACAUACACUACGAAAAGGUUGAUAAUGCGGUUGUUUCAAGUCUUCAUACAAAUCCUACAGAAGAAAAUAUUUCAGAAACAGAAAAAACAGAAGAGGAUGUUGCCAAAACAGAGGAGGUAUGUGACAUUAUAAGGAAUGAGAAUAUGCAAAGAAUAGACGGUGAACAAGAGACCGUGUUGCAAACAACAUCAACUGAAUCAACAAUUUCGAUUCAAAAGAGUGUUCUUGAAAUUGAAUACAAUAGAGUCCCUCAAGCGAAAGAAAGGAUUAAACAUACCAUGAAAUUUACUACGGAAGAGGUACAAACCACUUCUGAAGUAAUUCCAAUCAAGAGGGGUCAACCACAAAAAAAAGUUACAUUCAAAAUUAAAGUUGAUGUUCAUGGAGUGAAGGCGGCACCUAUAUUGGACAAUGAUCAAAGGAAUGAAUCGGAAAAGUUGAAAGUAACAACUGAGAAUAAAGAAUCUGAGAAGUUGGAAGAUAACACAAAAGAGCAUGAAAAGGAAGAGAUGCCCCUGAAAAAUAAAAAAGAAACAGAAAAUGCCGAGGCAGAGCCAACAAAAUCAGAGGAAAAGAAGGAAGAGAAGACAGAAGCUGAUGAGUUAAGGCUGCCAACUGUUACAACUCAUUCAAAUGAGUUAGAAGCAUCAUCUUCAGGAACAAAAACAAUUACUGAAGAAAAAGAAGAUGAGGAGUUAGAAAUGGAACAGGAAGAAGACCUCGUGGAAACUGAAAAUGAUGAAACAGAUGAUGAAGAAGUUGGUGAUGAGGAAAAGAAUGAUAACAGUGACAGAGAAAUACCAAGAACAGCUACAGGGUGGGAGAAUGUUAAGAAACCAACUGGUUGCCCAAUGGAGAAAAAGGAUUCCAGGGAGGAGGAUGAUAAUGCAGAUGAUGAUGAAAAACAGAACACUGACGAUGAUGAAAAUCAAAACGCAGAAACUGAUGAAGAAGAGAACGAUGAGAAUAAAUCUACAAACCUCAAAUCAACUUCAAGGCAGGAAGUUAAUGAAGAAGAUGAGAACAUUAACAAUGAUGAAAUUGUUGCAUCUCCUCCGAGAAGAAUGAAGAGAAAAAGCGUCGCACCAAAGACAAAAGUGCAAUCAGUGACCAUUGAGAAACAAGAUGAAGAUCCGGUGGAAAAAGACGAUGAAGAAACAGAUGAUGAUAUACUGAUUCGUCAGUUCAGAGUGGCAAGGACACAACCACCAAGAAAAAGAACAAAAGGGGAAAAGAAUGCAACAACAAAAAAGGAAGAGAAAAAGGAUGAAAAAGAUGUUGAAAAAAGAGGAAAGGGAGUGGUACAGAAAAAGGCAGCAAAGGCCUUGGGAACAAGAACACCAACAAGAAGAAGCUUAAGAGUACAAGAAAGUGAAAAAGCUGUUGAAGAAGAGGAGGAAGAGAGAGAGAUUGUAAAGGAAACAAAAAGGAAAGUUGGGAGAAAGCCCCGUAAAACAGUGAAGAAAGAAGAAUCUGACAUCGAUGAAGAAGAUGAAGAAGAUGAUGAAAAUUAUGAGGCGGAAGAAGAAGAAGUAGAAGAAGAAGAAGCGGAAAAGGAGAAAAAGCCAUUCAACAAGAGAAAGAGACAACAAUUACAGGUUGAUAAGGAUACAAAGUCGAUUGUUCCAAAGCAAAAGAAAAAGGUGGUGUUGUAUCAGAAGAUUCCCCCAGCGCAAUUGAUAGAACUUAUCAAGAUAAUGCCUGACGAGCACAAGGAAGCUGUCAGGAAAAUUGGAUUUGGGGGAUUUCUGAGUCUGAGCAUGGCAAAUCACAAUUCAGCGUUGGCAGAUUACAUAGUGUCAAGCUCAAAUGUAGAUCGACAGUCAAUAGUUCUGCCUGGAAGUGGUGAAAUUUUUGUCACACCUGAAGAUGUUCAUCAGGUGUAUGGUGUACCAUUGGGAGGGGAAGAGAUUGUGGAGCCAGAAAAUGAAGACAUUGAUGAUAAUUAUGUAGAGUUCUUAGCAACAUGGAGGAAAAGUUUCAAACUGAAGAAGGGAAGCCCAACAAACUUGCCACUAAUUUCUAGAAUAAAGGACCUGAUGCUUGAACCAGUAUCCAAUGAGUUCAUUUGGAACUUCGUCAUUGCUGCAGUGAACUCCUGUAUGAGAUCAACCAACAACCCACAAGUAUACAUCAGAUUCAUGUACAGCUGUAUGAACACAAACACGAUUGCUAAUCUGGAUUGGAGCACGUUUGUGUACAGACAUUGGAAGAAAUCUGUGUUGUUCUUCGAUCGAUUACAAAGAGAAGGCCAACAAGUACCAAGACAAAUCCCACUUUUAACAGUGUGGAACAGAGAAAGAAUGACAAACAGAAUUUCCAUUGAAAAAGCAAGGGGAUUUGGUCAAGGUAUAGUGCUGAAUCGCAUAGGAGCUGAGCCAACUGUCCAAGAAAAUGCAAUGCCCGAAGCCGAAAUCCCAAAAAAAACAGAAGCAACAAAUAUGGCAGGAUCUUCUUCAAAUGCAAAAUCUGAAAUGAUGGAAUUUUUGGAAAAUUUUGGUACAUUGGCAAAGACGCUUGCUUCGAAUGUCAACGAGAUGUACAACAUGCUAGACAAAGCAAAUGAAAUGUUUAACGAGGCUGAUACAACAGACAAAAUGCAUAGCCUAGUUGAAAACAUUUGGAACAAGUACACCUCUAAGAAACAAAAGCUGAGCCAAAACAAAGAUGAAGAAGAGCCAAAAAACAAAACCCCAUCACUUCUAAGCCAAGAUCAGCAUCUGUUUGACGAGCCUGGUUUCAUGGAGGAGUUGGAUAAGUUAAUGGCAAAUGCAUGGAAUAUGUAUUAUGAGCAAAAGGCCAAUAAAAACAAGAAUCAAAGAACUCCAACUGAAGCACAGAUACAUGAAACAGUGGAUCAUCCAGAGUAUUUCAAUACUCCAAGGCUAGACAUACCAACUCCACAGUUCAGAUUAAAAACCCCAAGCCCAGAACCUGAAAUUCCUUCCAACUCUGAAAUCAGGAAGCCUGCCAAUAAAUCUGCAUCAAAUGAAACACCAGAAACCACAAGGAUUGAAAUUGCAAAAUACACAAGCUUCAACUUACUAUCACCCUCACCAACCAAAAAAGGAGAACAGCCUGAAAAUGCAGUGGAUGAACCAACUUCUGAAAAUUUGAUGAAAAUGGCUGAUGCAGCAGCUGAGGAAAACGAGAAAGCUAUGAACAGUGGAGAUGCAAAACAGAAGGGCAAGGAACAGAUUCAAGGGUAA